UCUGGAAUCGUAUGUAUAUAUUCCCUGGAUGUCUCCCAUUGAAAUCUACAGCUCCUCGGUUCUUCAGCAUCCUCACCCCUCUGUAAAUUAAAACAUGCGUCUUCCUUAUGCACCCUCUACCCCUCCCGAAGACUCACCCCCUUCGGUCGCCGAGACGUACGCCCGGAUAGCAGCCCGGCGCAAACCUCGUCCUCUGAUCCCGCUCGACCUCACACUCUUACACUCCCCUCCCGUGGCGAGCGGUUACAACGCCUUUGUCGGGGCCCUACGCACCGAGACCAUCGUCCCGCAAUCACUCCUCGAACUGGCCAUUUCGAGAGUCGCCAUUCUAACCACGGCCGUUUAUGAGUGGAACAUUCACGCCGCGUUGGCACUGAAGGCGGGACUCUCCCCCGAGGCGUUGGAAGUGGCACACAGCGCCCCCAAGGGGGGAGUGACACGGUCGACAGACAAGAAAUUGAGUGAGAAAGAGGUCGCGGUGCUAAGGUACACUGACGAGGCGACCGUGGAUGUGAGGGUGCAGGACUCUACGUUCGAAUCUCUCAAGACACUUUUCAACGAGAGGGAAAUUCUGGAACUGGUCACGGUAGUGGCUGGUUACAACGCCGUCAGUAGGAUACUGGUGCCACUCGACGUCGGUGAGAAUAAUGACAAGAAGAUGAAGAGUGUGGAUGAAUUGGUCGCGGAGGGAACGAAAUAAAUAAAGAAAAAUAAAAUAAAAAAUAAUCAAUACGGGUAGUGUCUACCACGAUACGUAUAUACUACCUCCCUGACACAUCUUCC